AUUAUUCUCACACACCACACACCAACGCAACGCAACUAAGAAAGAAGAAAGAACGAUUCAAUCGAAAUUGAAUUCAAUUAGGGCAACCAUGGAGAACCAAUCCUCAACCCCAUCACCGAUGCACUUCCUCAUCCUCGAGCAAGUUCAGUUUUUGAAGGUCAACGACGAUGCCCUCUUGCAGUGGGAGCUCGUCGACGUUGUGGACGCCGAAGAGACGGAUUCCGAUUCUUCUUCCCCCAACGAUGCCCCAAUUGAAGAAAUUCGCCACCUUCUCAUUCUUCCCGAUGCGGGCUUAGAAGAUCACCGCGAUGGUGUUGAUGUUGAUGUUGAUGAUGAUGAAAAAUCGGAGAAAGAUUCGGUUUUGGGAAAUGGGCACUACUAUUAUGAUGAUGAUGAUGUUGAUGUUGAUGAUGAUGAGGAUGAGGAUGGGUAUGGUUUGGAUGAUGAGCUUGUUCCGUGGAACGUGAGCAACAAGUUCGGGAGGCAGAGGAUGAGGAAAUUGGGGAAAAGGGCAUUUUCGAAAAUGCACAAUUCGAAGAAGUCUCCUUAUCUGUUUGUGAGGCCAGGGUGUGUCCGUGGGAAACAUGGUUUGGGCCUUAAACACAUUACUGACUCCUAAUUAGGCUGCUAAUUUACUCUCAUUAGACAAAGGGUCUUCUUGAAUAUAGUCCUGUUAGGUUAUUUGACUUUUAGACUCCUGCUGAUUCAUUAAGAUUUCUAUUUUAAUAUAUCUGACAGCAGGAUCCAUCUUUAGGACAUGUAAUAAUUGAUGUAUUUCUCUUUUAUGUGCAUACCAUGUAAUGAUUCUGAAAAAACCAUUUGCUUUUGUAUAUGUUAAUGCUGAUUUUAUGUUCUUGGUCGA